AUGAGGCCACCCCCUCUUCUCACCUGCCUUUGCCUCCAGGUGGCCCUGGCCAGCGGGAACCUGCUGCAGUUCGGGGUAAUGAUCGAGAGGAUGACGGGGAAGCCAGCCCUGCAUUACAAUGACUAUGGCUGCUACUGCGGCAUCGGGGGCUCCAACUGGCCCGUGGACCAGACCGACUGGUGCUGCCACGCCCAUGACUGCUGCUAUGGGCGCCUGGAGAAGCUGGGCUGUGAGCCCAAACUGGAGAAGUAUCUGUUCGCCCCCAGCAAGCACAACAUUGUCUGUGCCGGCAGGACCACCUGCCAGCGGCUGACCUGCAUGUGUGACAGGAAGGCUGCACUCUGCUUUCGCCACAAUCUGGGCACCUACGACCGCAAAUACGCCCAUUACCCCAACAAGCUGUGUACUGGACCCACCCCGCCCUGCUAA